AUGCGUUUCAACACCCCCCUCCUCGUGCUCGCCUCCCUCCUCGGCGCCGCCACCGCCUUCCGCCGCACCUGCAGGCCCAACACCAGCAGCGGCAUCACCGGCAGCGGCUUCUACACCCUCGUCGCAGGCGACACGUGGCGCGCGAUCGCGGCCGACUUCUGCACCUCCGCGUCGGAGCUGCAGAACAUGAACAACCGCACCCCGUUCCGGACCGGCGCCUACUUCCAGGUCCCGUGCCGGCCGCGGAAGCGCGACUGCGCCCGCAUCCCCGGCAGCAACUUCGGCUACUACAGGGUCGUUAAGGGCGACAAGUUGACCUUCAUCGCGGAGGACUUCUGCACGAACGCCGAUGGCAUGCUCGUGUUGAACUCGGAGGUUAUCAAGAGCUAUAAUCUCCCCUCGGGCACCAUCCUGAGGGUUCCUUGUGCGUGGAACUAG